UUGCCUCUUAUGGUUAUCAUCCACAAGUCUUGGUGUGGGGCUUGCAAAGCUUUAAAGCCAAAGUUUGCUGAAUCCAAGGAGAUCUCUGAACUUGCCCAUAAUUUUGUUAUGGUCAACCUUGAGGAUGAUGAAGAGCCAAAGGAUGAAGCCUUUAGUCCUGAUGGAGGUUACAUUCCCAGAAUCCUUUUCAUGGACCCCAGUGGAAAAGUCCACCCAGAAAUCAUAAAUGAGAAAGGAAACCCCAGCUACAAGUAUUUCUAUACCAAUGCUGAUCAAGUUGUCCAAGGGAUGAAGGAGGCCCAGGAGAAGCUAACAGGUGAUGCUUUCAAACAAAAGCACCUGGGAGAUGAACUCUAAUGAAUAUACUGAAUGACGCUUUUCCAUCACUUCAAAACUCUAAAAGGAAAUGAUUAAACAGACCAAGAAUGUAGAUGCACUGAAGGGACAUAAUUCUGCUGUCAAUAAUGUUAGGUUAAACCCUGUUUGGAGUUCACACACAUGCAUCACUUACAGUGUUAUCUCCUCCUCUGCCUGGCAGUUUGUACUGUAAUGGUUAUUUGCAACUAGGUAACGUGCAAACACAUCACUUUGUGUGUUUGAGCAACCACUAAUAUUUGGUGUUAAAAGGGAGGGAUGUAGGGCAAAACAUUUGAGGACAAACAGUGUGAUUGGAAUAACUAGAAGUAGCGAAUAUUUUGAUGCUUAAUCAGGGUUGGAUCCCUCUUUUCUCACUGGUAUUAUGUGAUCCCAUUGUUUUUACUGGGGAUUCCUAUGAACAGGGCAUGUUCCUGGGCCAGGUGUUUUCUAGACAUCCCAAACCAUGAAUUCUGCCACUAAGCCAAGUAGAAUAAAUUUCAUGAAUGUCCAAGUAGCAUGUGAAAUUAGUAGCUCUGCAAACAUAUUUUUGUGUAAAACUGUGUGUGAUUCAUCUUUAUUUGCCUUUGGGCAGAAAUUAACUUUUUCCUUGUGCACUCACCUUUGGAUUGUUUUAUCAAGUGAGGGUGGGUUAUGUUGAAGCUUUACAGGGAUUCCCCUUUUAUUCUUUGAAUGUUUUUUGGCGAAUGCCUUGCCAUCACAUUGUACUGUAUUUUUGUACCAGAGUGAAAAAUAAAACCUUUUUAAACAUAAGCAUGCAGACAGUGUUUUGUGGUAAAGGGCAGAGCUUUCCAUUCUUAAGGAUGGGGGAAUGUAUUUCUGUCUAUAUUGCAGUGGUUGUUGAUGUUGAAUGUCAAAGCUGAAGAAGGUUUCUCCUUUUUAUAAUUAAAAGACAACGGUUGUUUUU